ACAAGUUCAUCGAGUUUAUUGCUUACCAAUUCCUCUGCUGGAUCUUCUUCUGUCUCCUGUUGGUUACAGGGACAGUUUCACCUGAAUAUGAUGCACAAGUCUGGAGAUGUGGUUCUGGGUGGAUUGUUUCCAUUCCAUGUUUUCUGGGUUGUUCCUGAUUUGUUAUACAAGUCAGAACCCCAACAGCCUACCUGCUACAGUUUCAAUAUUCAAGGAUUCAGACAGGCUCAGACCAUGGCAUUUGCUAUUAAUGAGAUCAACAGAAAUUCCAACGUGCUACCCAAUGUGACUCUGGGAUACAAUCUUUAUGAUACCUGUGCCAAUCUAGUUACUGGAUUCCAUGCUGCCUUGUCUUUAGCCAGUGGUCAGGAGAAAGAGUUUAAAUUAAAUGAAACCUGUGUGGGAACCCCUCCAGUAUUGGGAGUUGUGGGUGAUUCUUCCUCCACACGUACUAUUGCCAUCUCAUCUGUCUUAGGUUUGUACAGAGUGCCAAUGGUGAGUUACUUAGCAACAUGUUCCUGUUUGAGUGACCGACAAAAGUUUCCAUCCUUCUUCAGGACUAUCCCAAGUGAUGCUUUCCAAGUGCGUGCUAUGAUUAAUAUUUUGAAACACUUUGGCUGGACCUGGGUUGGCCUGUUGGUCAGUGAUGAUGACUAUGGACUCCAUGCUGCCCAGUCUUUCCAGUCCGGUUUGGUUGCAUCUGGUGAAGGUUGUCUGGCUUAUGUAGAAGUUUUGCCUUUCAGCAAGAAACUGACUGAAUUUAAGAGGAUAGUGCAAGUGAUAAAGAAAUCAACAGCUCGUGUGGUGAUUGUAUUUGCCUCUCACAGACAAGUAAUUCAACUCAUGGAAGAGAUAGUAAAAGAGAAUGUGACAGGUCUGCAGUGGAUAGCCAGUGAAGUCUGGACUUCCUCUGCAAUGCUACAAACCCCCGAAUUUGCGCCAUACCUGUGUGGGACACUGGGCAUUGCCAUCCGACAACAAGAAAUCCCAGGACUAGUGGAGUUCCUUUUAAAAAUACAUCCUGGACAACACUACAACUCCAGCUACGGACAUAACUUGGUAAAGCAGUUUUGGGAAUACACAUUUCAGUGUAGAUUUGCUCCACUUCCAGCAGGUUGGGUGGAAACUGGGGGAGCACUAUGCACUGGACAGGAAGAUCAAAGGAAAGUGGAAAGUGAGUUUCUGGAUGUUUCAAAUCUCAGGACAGAGUACGAUGUGUAUAAGGCUGUGUAUGCACUGGCAUAUGCCCUUGAUGACAUGCUGCAGUGUGUGCCAGGGAGAGGACCUUUCACAGGGAACAGCUGUGCCAGUUUAAACAGCCUCCAGCCAUGGCAGCUUGUGCAUUACUUGCAAAAUGUUAAUUUCACCACAGCGUCUGGUGAUCAGGUGCUAUUUGAUGAUAAGGGUGAUGCCUUACCAACCUAUGACAUUGUUAACUGGAUGUGCCUCUCUGAUGGAACAAUACAGAUUGAGAAUGUGGGUGUGGUCCAGAAGUCAGCUGGAAAAGGUGAAGAUCUCAAACUUGAAGAAGAUAGAAUCUUCUGGAGCUCACAACUCAAAGAGACACCCCGAUCAGUGUGUAGUGAAAACUGCCCACCUGGCACCCGCAUGGCAAGAAUCAAAGGCAAACCUGUAUGCUGUUUUGAAUGCGUGCCAUGUUCUGAGGGAAAGAUCAGCAAUGAAACUGACUCGAUGGAUUGCACCAGUUGUCCAGAGGACUUAUGGCCCAGUCCCCAGCGUGACCAAUGCGUUCCAAAAGGAAUUGAGUUCCUGUCCUAUCACGAGCCUCUGGGUAUCUGCUUGACAGCUGCCUCAUUACUGGGGACAUUUAUCUGUACUGUUGUUCUUGGAAUCUUCACAUAUUAUCACAGUACACCCAUAGUACGAGCCAACAAUUCAGAACUGAGCUUCCAGCUCAUAAUUUCUCUUAAACUCUGCUUCCUGUGCUCAUUGCUGUUCAUUGGCCGCCCUCAGCUGUGGACAUGUCAGCUGAGGCAUGCAGCAUUUGGUAUCAGCUUUGUGCUUUGUGUUUCAUGUAUCCUGGUAAAAACCAUGGUGGUUUUGGCUGUGUUUAAGUCCUCCAAACCAGGAGGUGGAACUAGACUGAAAUGGUUUGGUGCCAGACAACAGAGAGGGACAGUUCUGUCUUUGAGUUCUGUCCAGGCAGUAAUCUGCACUGUUUGGCUUAUCUCUUCCUCUCCAGCUCCUCAUAAAAACACUCAAUAUCACAAUGACAAAAUAGUUUAUGAAUGUGUUGUUGGAUCCACAGCUGGUUUUGCAGUGUUAUUGGGUUAUAUUGGCUUUCUGGCUGUCCUCAGCUUCCUGCUCGCAUUUCUGGCCAGGAAUCUUCCUGACAGUUUUAAUGAGGCUAAACUCAUCACUUUCAGCAUGCUGAUAUUCUGUGCUGUGUGGGUGGCAUUUCUCCCCACUUAUAUCAGCUCUCCUGGUAAAUAUGCAGAUGCAGUGGAAGUAUUUGCCAUCCUGGCCUCCAGUUUUGGCCUCUUACUUGCACUUUUUGGACCCAAAUGUUACAUUAUCCUCCUAAGACCUGAAAGAAACACAAAGAAGGCAAUCAUGAGCCGAGGUAUUGAGUGUUAA